CGGAUGUGCAAGUUCAAAACAUUGAACAACAGAUGUGUGCAGCCGGUCAGUGGCUGUCUCAUGAUGAUUUAUUUCGCUUUAAGCUAACAUUUGAGGGAUACAGUUGGGGAUUUUAUUGCAGGUGUUUUGUGUCUGUGGCUCCAACAUGGCGGCCCCGCUGCUGGAGUUUGAGACUGAGAUGUUUCUGAGUCUGUUCGGCUCUGACGGGCUGCUGGUGGUGGCGGAGGGGAUGGGGAUAGACCGCAUCCUGCUGCAGUUUAUGCGGGUUUACUCGGAGCCUGGCAGCCUGGUCCUCCUGCUCAACACAACCACAGCCGAACAGGAAUAUUUCACUGAGCAGUUGCGAGUGGAGGGUGUCACCCACCUGCCCAGGAUGGUCACCAGUGAUGUCCAGAGCGCCGAGCGCUAUAAUGUUUACACGGAGGGAGGAGUGCUGUUUGUCACCAGCAGGAUCCUGGUGGUCGACUUCCUCACUGACCGCAUCCCAGCUCAUCUUAUAACAGGCAUCCUGGUGUAUCGCGCUCAUAAAAUCAUCGAGUCGUGUCAGGAGGCCUUCAUCCUCCGCCUGUUCAGACAGAAGAACAAGACGGGCUUCAUUAAAGCCUUCACCGACAAGGCCACGUCCUUCUCCUCGGGCUUCUGCCAGGUGGAGCGUGUGAUGAGGAACCUCUUCGUCAAGAAGCUCUUCCUCUGGCCAAGGUUUCAAGCCUCCGUAAACACAGCCCUCGAGCGGCACAAACCAGACGUGGUGGAGCUGCAUGUUGCUUUGACUCCGGCCAUGAGGGCCAUCCAGAGCUCCAUCAUGGAUAUCAUGAGCGCCUGUCUGAAGGAGCUGAAACGCUACAACCCCACCCUGGAAGCUGAAGACCUCUCCCUCGAGAACACUCUUGGCAGCGCCUUUGACAAGACCAUCCGUCACUACCUGGACCCCCUGUGGCACCAGCUGGGAGCAAAGACCAAGGCCCUGGUCCAGGACCUGAAGGUGCUUAGGGUUCUCCUCCUCUACCUCACCCAGUACGACUGUGUCACCUUCCUCAAUCUGCUCGAGUCGCUGCGCUCCAGCCAAAAGAUCUUUGGAUCCAAUUCAGGGUGGCUGUUCCUCGACUCCAGCACCUCUAUGUUUAUGAAUUCCAGAGGUCGAGUGUAUCACUUCCCUGAGAGCAAAAAGAAACUCAAAGUGGGAGCGGAGGCCGAGAAACAAAAGCCAUCGUCGACCACAGAGGUGAAGCGGGAGCUGGUGCUGGAGAAGAGCCCAAAGUGGGCGGCUCUUACCGAGGUACUGCAGGAGAUCGAGAGGGAGAACAAGUGCUCUCAACAUGAGCCAGGUCAUGUGCUGAUCUGUGCCAGUGACGACAGGACUUGUGCCCAGCUGCAGCAGUGCAUCAGGCACGGCUCUGACUGGCUGCUCAACCGACUUUACACCCGCACAGUCGGCAAACGGGACUCUGCUGCUGCCGCUGCUCUUGCCCUCGACACGCACAAGAAGGGGAACGGCUGGCCAAAAAAAGGAGCCAAGGGCAAGGAGCCUGCACGGAAACAUAACUCAAAGUCAGCAAAGAGUAGAAAGAGGCCAUCCCUGACCCUGACCCAGAUGGUGGGGAAAGAGGAGGCGGAUGAAGCGGCGGUGAUGGGCAGCAGCGGAGACGAUGAGGAGGACGAAGAACAGCUGCAGCUGGAUCUGUCAUCGGACGCCUACUACGGUCUCCUAAAGGAGCCGCUGACCGUCAUCCACCCGUUGAAGGGCCUCACCGACCCCCACAGCCUGACGCGGGUGCUGCAUGAGGUGGAGCCCAGCUUCGUGGUGCUGUACGACGCUGAACUCAGUUUCGUCCGCCAGCUGGAGGUUUAUAAAGCGUGCCGGCCGGGAAAGCCUCUGCGAGUGUAUUUCCUCAUUUAUGGAGGCUCGACAGAAGAACAGAAGUACCUGACGACGCUGUCUAAAGAAAAGAAAGCCUUUGAGCACCUGAUCAGGGAGAAGGCUACAAUGGUCAUCCCAGAGGAGAGGGAGGGGCGAGAAGACACCAACCUGGACCUUGCCAGAAAUUUAGAGCCUGCCAAUGCCACCACCAACACCCGCAAAGCAGGCGGCCAGGAGCAGCACAAAGAGCCUUCUCGAGUCAUCGUGGACAUGCGCGAGUUCCGCAGUGAGCUGCCCUCCUUGCUGCACCGUCGAGGGUUGGACAUUGAGCCCGUCACCCUGGAAGUAGGCGACUACAUCCUGACCCCGGAGACGUGCGUCGAGCGCAAGAGCGUCAGCGAUCUAAUUGGCUCGCUACAGAGUGGUCGCCUUUACACCCAGUGUCUCUCCAUGACUCGCUACUACAGGAAACCAGUGCUGCUCAUCGAGUUCGACCCGGCAAAACCCUUUUCCUUGAUGGCCCGUUCAGAUUUCAGACACGAGAUUUCUUCUAGUGAUAUUUCUUCAAAACUCACCCUGCUAACCCUGCACUUCCCUCGGCUUCGUAUCCUCUGGUGCCCCUCCCCGCACGCCACAGCCGACCUCUUCCUGGAGCUGAAGCUGGGCCGCUCUGAGCCCGACGCUGCAGCCGCUCAGGCCGUCACAGCCGAGUCAGACAUGGUGACUGAAUCAGCAGAACUCUACAACCCUGGACCUUAUGACUUCCUGCUGAAGAUGCCUGGGGUCAAUGCAAAAAACUACAGGGCUCUAAUUAAAAAUGCAGACAGUCUGGCAGAUUUAGCAAACAUCAGCCAGGACAAGCUCGCAGAAAUACUGGAGAACGCUAACAGCGCCAAGAUGCUGUAUGAGUUUCUGCAUAAUAACACUGAUGUGCCUGCGCCUGUGCAGAAGGCCAAACAACGAUAAGAGAUGGUAAAACCACUGACUUCAUAUUUAUUCAAACAUCUUAUUGUAUUUGUGUGUGUUUCAUAUUGUAAUUCAGGAUGGUGCAGUGAGAGUCUUCAAAGUGUACAAAUUGGAGGUUUUUUGGAGGUGUGUGUGCAAGUAGCAAGUCGGAUUAAGAAAUAAAAAAGAUAGCUUUGCAGAAUAUAUAAAAUAAAUAUUUUUAAAUUCUCACUUAAUAGGAUAGAACAAAUAAACUAAAUUCAUGAAAUGCCUUUUAUUGAUGUUUUUCAUGCCAUUUGUCUCAAAUUAAAGCUUUUUUAAAA